CUUUAAAUGAUGUAUUAUCAACAAUAAUGACGAUACCAACAACGUUCAAGAGAUGACAGACGAACACCCCAUCAAUUCGAAAAACUGGUGGCAUGCGUAUGGAGAGCCAAAUACAGCAGUAAAGGAAAUGUCAGUGGAUGAGCUCGCAGGGCUCUACUCGAGCGGCACACCAGGUGUUGAUUUCGUAGUUAUUGACGUUCGAAGAGCAGAUUUGAGUGAAAUCAUACCAGGGGCUAUCAACCUUCCAUCACAAUCACUUCCAGCGACAUUACCGUCUCUGUUACAUUCCCUCAACAACGUCAAGAAGUUCAUAUUCCACUGCAACUCUUGCCAAGGGAGGGGUCCUAGAAGUGCAGGAUGGUUUGCUGAUGCGUUGAAUAAACAUCUAGACCACAUUGGAGCUCACAAUGACACUAAAGAUCGUGUGUAUUUCCUCAAAGGGGGCAUAAAUGCCUGGAAGGACAAGUUUGGCACUGGUGAACUCACUGGUCGCGGGAAAGCCUGGGAUGGGAAGUCACUCUCUACUAUACAAUUGUAAAUAUGAGAUUUAAGAUAUACACCUUCUUAUCAAA